GAUUUAACCCUGGGUGCGCACAGGCUGCGGCGGGGGAAGGUGCUUUGCGGUGUUCUGUCCUUGAGAUUCAAAAAUUAGUUUAGAGAAAUGGGUUAACUCAUUUGUGGUGACGAGUUAAACAAAUGUAGUUAAUUCUGACAGCUGUGGGGUUUUUGUUUUUUUUUAUGAAAGUUAUUCCCCGGGCUACAUCUGUCACGUAUUUGAACGGAGCGCAUGCUGGUGCCAGAUUUUCCUGCCACUGGAUGGACGAUGUGGUUUUAGGAGACGGCCGCGAACCGCAAACAGGAGCGCAGUAGACUUCCGGACAUGGACUCGUGCGAUCGGACGGGAAACACAAGUUUCCUUCAGAUCUGAGACCUGAGUUUGAUCACUGUCGCACCAUCAGCUGUAAACGUUGGUCUGAAAAUGCGCACGAGGUCCAGCAAACUGAUGCGUAAGAAGGGAUGCCAGCCAGGCGUGGCUUGUGUUUGAAUAUCCAAUGUGAGAAUGCGUGGGGAGUAUGUAUAUAAUAGAGUCCUUCCAUCUGAUAAACACACAUAUCAAACUCAUGAUUACAGCAGAGGACUAUCAAUAAACUGAGAGGACUUUGGGAGCAGCUCUGUGCGCUGGGGACGCUUCUUUUUGCGUGAAUGGACCGGACUUAUUGUGUGAACUUCCACACAGACAUCUGAACAUGCCUACGCUUAAUUUGACAGCUGUACACACAAUGGCAGAGGUCGGGAGCUUUCUGGGGACGCUCGACUUGGAUUUACAAAGCUUUCCUGCUCUGGGGAGUACGAUGCCCUUACCGGAGCCUCCUGUGGGGCUGAACGAGCGGCUGGGGCAGAUUGAAGGCAGGCUGCAGCAGGGGUCGCCGACGGAUUUUGGCCACCUCAAAGGGAUCCUGAGGCGGCGACAGCUCUACUGCAGGACCGGCUUCCAGCUGGAGAUAUUCCCCAACGGCACCGUGCACGGAACAAGGCAGGACCACAGCAGAUUUGGUAUCCUGGAGUUCAUCAGCCUGGCAGUGGGUCUGGUCAGCAUCAGAGGGGUGGAUGCUGGACUCUACCUCGGCAUGAAUGAGAAAGGAGAGCUCUAUGGGUCGAAGAAGCUGACAGCAGAGUGCGUCUUCAGAGAGCAGUUUGAGGAGAACUGGUACAACACCUACGCUUCGACUCUUUACAAGCACACGGAUACGGGACGCUUCUACUACGUGGCUUUGAACAAGGACGGCUCGCCCAGGGAGGGCAGCAGGACUAAAAAACACCAGAAGCUCACCCACUUCUUACCCAGACCGGUGGAGAUUGAGAAGAUCCCUCAGGCGUACAGGGACGUGUUCCAGUACAGGUGACCAGUGCUCACAGCUAGGAGGACUGGCUAAAUUCAGAGAGAAAGGAAUAGGAAGUAUUUACGCUCCUCGUCGAUGGUGAAGGCAAGAGCAGAGUCGCUGUGGAGGAUUAGUGGGCUCAGCGAGGAGGGAAAGCUUUCACCCUGGAGACCCUGAUGACUGAUGAGCUGCGGGGCGAUCGGGGAAACUAAAUCAGAUGCCAUGUUUAUCUCACGUACUCGUGCACACAACGCUGUGGCUUUUGAGUUUUCUGCUCCCAGCAGGUUGUUACUGAUCAUGAGAGCAACAGGAAGUUCCUUUCAGAAGCUCUGAGGGUUGUUUUGCACUCGUCACGCAAAGAGAGAGAGGACAUUCAACAUUUACAGCAGCAGAUAGCAUGUCAGGGUCAGACAGUCAGGUGCUGCAGAGUCUGUAAGGAGAGUGUCGGCGAAGAUCGAUGAAGCACUUACCGCACGCCCCCCAGGCCCAGCUGUGGGUCUGGUCCCAACCUAAACAUCGCCUUCAUCAACUUUAAAUGGAAUAUCAAGCACCGUCUUACAGGAGUUUUGAAAAAAGAUUCAGUAGAGGUUUGGGAUGAAAGCACUUCUCUAGCCAUUAGGGAAAAAACCUGAUCUGUUCUGUGGAAAGACAGUGACCUGUGAUGUUCAGAGUGCAGUGAACAUUAUAAAAGAGAAGAAGAAAAAAUGCGUUCUGAGGCUGUACUUAUGGGUGUUCCUAUUUAUGAGAUGUACAAUGUAUUUAUUUUCAACAUAUACAAAUUAUAAAUGUAAAUCUAUAUAUUUAUUUAUUGCAAAGACUUUAUUUUGUAAUGAACUUGAAGUUAUCUGGACUGCAGAGUCUACUGAAACGAGGCGUAAAAACAAACGAAAAAACAUUGAGAACCGCAACAAACAAGACAAUAAAAUUGUCCUGCUAUUGAGAACUCAUUGUGAGAGACUAUUUUUGCUUGGAAGACAGUGUGAUGUACCAAUUAAACCCACAUUUAUAAGG